GAGUGAAGUCUGAAGUCCACUCCACAAGCUUAGAUAGAGGAAUAUGUUGUGAACAAGUUGUACCUAUUUGCAAGACAUUUUCACAUCGACCCCAGGAAAUGUCUACCCUCAGUGACCAAGCUGUGCUGCAGACUAUCUUCAACCCCAACAAUCCUUUUGGCAACAAUCUUGGGUUGGAAGCAGAGGUUGAUCUAACUGAUGAUGAUAGCAAGUUUGAUCCAGUCUUAGUGCAACAGGCUAAACAGUUGGAACUGCAUGGAGUUUCCCUGGCAGAAUCUGGGAAUGUGGAUGCAGCUGUGGAAGUAUUCACUCGGGCCAUAGCGAUCCUCCCUGAGCGAGCAUCUGGCUACAACAACCGAGCACAGAGUCUGCGCCUGAUGGGAGACACAACAGGGGCCAAGAGUGACCUGAACAAAGCAGUUGAUCUCAGCGAAGGAAGAGGACGGACAGCCAGUUUGGCUUUGGUUCAGCGAGGGCUUCUUUACCGACUCUACGGCCAGGAUGAAGAGGCUCUGCAGGACUUCAGAAAAGCGGCGGAUCUAGGCAAUAGAUUUGCCAAGUAUCAAGUGACCAUCAUGAAUCCUUAUGCAGCUCUGUGCAACCGCAUGCUAGCCAAGAUGGUGGCCAACCUAAGGAAUCCAGAACCUCCUACUACUCCCUCUGUGUAAAGGCUUAUGUGCUUUUUUUUAAUAUAAGGGUUUGCUGAGCAUGUUGUUCCUUCCUCCUGUCAUUAAUGAUAAAUAAUGCCCAAAACA